CCUGACUGUGAAAACGCGUCAGGCGCGUCAUUUACCGACUGUACUUAUGAAUAUAAACACAAACGUAUGAGUAGCAGUAUGCCUGCUGAACGCAAGAAGCCAGUCAACUUGGAGGAGAGAGAGACGGGCUCCUCCAGCAACAAGGACAAAGACAGAGAUGCAGACAGACAGGCCACCUCCUCACGGGAGAAGGGCAAAGACGAGACCAAAAUGAGCGGAAAGAAAGACGGAGGCAAGACGGCAGAGGAGAAGAAGAGACGAGCGGAGGAGGAGAAGAGAAGGAAGGACGAGAAGGACAGAAAGAAGAAAGAGGAGGAGAAACAGAAAGCGGAGGAGGAGCAGAAGAUGAUAGAGGAGGAGAGGAGACAGCAGGAGGAGCUGGAGAAGAAGCUGCUGGAGGAAGAAGCCAAACGACAGAAGGAAGAGGAGGCUGCUCAGCUGAAGGAGAAGGAGGAGGCAGAGCAGCUUCAUCAGGAGGCAUGGGAGCGACAUCAUGGCAGAAAGGAGCUGCGUGUGAAGAACCAGCACGCACAGGAGACUCGUCCAGAGGAGGCGUUCUUCAGCCGCCUGGACUCCAGUUUGAAGAAGAACACGGCGUUCGUCAAGAAGCUUCGCACGCUCACGGAACAGCAGCGCAGCUCGCUGUCGCAAGAUUUCGACUCGCUCAACCUGAGCAAGUACAUUGGCGAGGCCGUGAGCUCCAUGGUGGAGGCCAAGCUGAAGCUGUCUGACGUGGGCUGCGCCGUGCAUCUCUGCUCACUCUUCCACCAGCGCUAUGCCGAAUUCGCACCAUUGCUGCUCGCCGCCUGGAAGAGACACUUUGAGGCCCGGAAAGAGGAGAAGGCGCCCAACGUGAGCAAGCUGCGGACCGACCUGCGAUUCAUCGCCGAGCUCACCAUUGUGGGGCUUUUCACGGAUAAAGAGGGGCUCUCGGUUAUCUACGAGCAGUUGAAGAACAUCAUCAGUGCCGAUCGUGAGACGCACACUCAUGUGUCGGUCAUCAUCAGCUUCUGCAAGCACUGCGGAGACGACAUCGCCGGUCUGGUGCCGAGGAAGGUGAAGAAUGCUGUGGAGAAGUUUGGACUGUCGUUUCCUCCCAGUCAGAUCAUUAACUCAGAAAAACAGCAGCCGUUCCAGAACAUUCUGAGAGAAUACUUCACCUCACUCACUAAACACCUCAAAAAAGACCACAGAGAGCUACAGAACAUAGAGAGACAGAACAGACGUAUUCUGCACUCUAAAGGCGAGCUCAGUGAAGACAGACAUAAGCAGUAUGAAGAGUUCGCCACCUCCUAUCAGAAGCUGCUAGCAAACAGUCAAACUCUGGCUGAUCUGCUGGAAGAGAACAUGCCUGAACUCCCUCAGGACAAAACCGUACAGGAAGAACACGGUCCAGGCAUCGACAUCUUCACUCCAGGGAAACCGGGAGAGUAUGAUCUUGAUGGAGGAAUCUGGGAGGAUGAAGAUGCCCGUAACUUCUAUGAGAAUCUGGUGGAUCUGAAGGCGUUUGUUCCUGCGAUCCUCUUCAAAGACAUUGAGAAGAGCUGCCAGAACAACAAAGAGGGCCGUGAGGUCAACAGUACAGAGGAGUUGGAGAUGGAGCUGGAAGCUCUGGACAUCACUGAUGAACCGCUCGAUCUGGACCCAACUGAUGAAGCUGAGAGUGAAGAACUGGCCAAGAAAUUACUGGAUGAGCAAGAACAAGAGGAUGAGGAGGCGAGCACCGGCUCUCAUCUCAAACUCAUCGUCGAUGCUUUUAUCCAACAGCUGCCAAACUGUAUCAACAGAGACCUGAUUGACAAGGCUGCUAUGGACUUCUGUAUGAAUAUGAACACAAAGUCUAAUCGCAGGAAGUUGGUUCGAGCUCUCUUCACGGUGCCCAGACAGAGGUUGGAUCUGUUGCCAUUCUACGCUCGUCUGGUGGCGACUCUGCAUCCAUGUAUGUCCGACAUGGCUGAAGAUCUCUGCUCAAUGCUCAAAGGAGAUUUCAGAUUUCACAUCAGAAAGAAAGACCAAAUCAACAUUGAGACAAAGAAUAAGACGGUGAGGUUUAUCGGGGAGUUGGCCAAGUUCAAGAUGUUCUCCAAAACCGACACGCUGCACUGCCUCAAGAUGCUGCUGUCUGAUUUCUCUCAUCAUCAUAUUGAGAUGGCGUGCACACUGCUGGAGACGUGUGGACGAUUCCUGUUCCGCUCACCUGACUCACACCUGCGCACCAGCGUCUUACUGGAGCAAAUGAUGCGUAAGAAACAGGCUCAACAUCUGGAUGUGCGUUACGUGACGAUGGUGGAGAACGCUUAUUACUACUGUAACCCUCCACCGAUGGAGAAGACUGUUCGAAGGAAGAGACCUCCACUGCAGGAGUACAUCCGCAAACUCCUCUACAAAGACCUGUCAAAGGUCACUACUGAGAAAGUGUUGAGGCAGAUGAGGAAGUUACCGUGGCAGGACGCUGACAAUAAGAGUUAUCUCAUCAGUUGUAUGGUCAAUAUCUGGAACGUUAAAUACAACAGCAUCCACUGUGUGGCAAACCUGCUCGCUGGACUCGUGGCGUAUCAGGAGGAUGUGGGAAUUCACGUGGUGGAUGGGGUGCUGGAAGACAUCCGCCUGGGCAUGGAGGUGAACCAGCCGAAGUUUAACCAGCGGCGGAUCAGCAGUGCAAAGUUUCUGGGCGAGCUGUAUAACUAUCGUAUGGUGGAGUCUGCCGUCAUCUUUAGAACUCUGUUCUCGUUCAUCUCGUUCGGUGUGAACACAGACGUCACGCCAAGCCCCCUCGACCCGCCUGAGCACCUGUUCCGUAUCCGUCUGGUCUGCACUCUGCUGGACACGUGCGGACAGUACUUCGACCGCGGAUCCAGCAAGAAGAAACUCGACUGCUUCCUCAUUUACUUCCAGAGGUAUAUCUGGUGGAAGAAGAGUUUAGACGUGUGGAGUAAAGACCAGCCGUUUCCCAUCGAUAUAGAGUACAUGAUCACAGACACACUGGAGCUGCUGCGGCCGAAAAUGAAGCUGUGUUCGUCUCUGGAGGAGGCCUGCGCUCACGUCACACAACUGGAAAGAGAAUUCCUCGUCAAACUGGGCCUGGAGAAGGACGGCCGUAGCUCCAGUGCGAUGGGUGAGAAUGAGGCUCUGGAUGAGGAAGAUGACGAUGAUGAAGAUGAGGGAGGAGCCGAGACUGAGGAACAGUCUGGAAAUGAGAGCGAAAUGAACGAUCACGAGGAAGAGGAGGGCUCAGAGAAUGAGGAAGAGGAACGAGAGGAGGAAGAGGAGAACACAGACUAUCUGACCGACUCCAACAAAGAGAAUGAGACCGAUGAGGAAAACAAUGAGGUGACGAUCCGCGGUGGAGGACUCAAACACGUGGCGUGCGCUGAAGACGAGGACUUUAUCCAGGCGCUGGACAAAAUGAUGCUGGAAAACCUGCAGCAGCGCAGUGGAGAGGCAGUGAAGGUCCAUCAGCUUGAUGUGGCAAUUCCACUGCAGUUAAAAAGCCAGUUGAAGAAAAGCCCCGCCCCCUCCUGCACUGCAGACGCAGACAUCACAGACACCAUGCAGUUCGUCAUGCUCACACGGAAAGGCAACAAGCAGCAGUUUAAGAUCUUGAAUGUGCCGCUGUCUUCUCAUCUGGCGGCUAAUCACUUCAAUCAGCAGCAGGCCGAGCAAGAGGAGCGCAUGCGCAUGAAGAAACUCACGCUGGACAUCAACGAACGACAGGAACAGGAGGAUUAUCAGGAGAUGAUGCAGUCUCUUGCUCAGAGACCCGCCCCCGCCAACACAAACAGAGAGCGCCGUCCGCGAUACCAGCACCCAAAAGGAGCGCCCAAUGCUGACCUCAUAUUCAAAACUGGCGGCAGGAGACGCUGAUGAUGUCGGACUGAGCAAAUGAUGAGUCAAAGAGAGCGAGACAGACAGAGCAGUACUUUGGACUCGCCUGAUCUGGGACGAAGAGCCACACAUUAUGGACACGCCCAACUGCCUCUUGCCUCACCACGGCAAUCAGAGAGGACCACCCAUGAGCUGGUGUAGAUGGAGGGAGAGUCCGAGACACACACCCACACACACACACACACACACACACACACACAAACACACGCACAAUGCUGAACUGAGGUGUCUGUAUGGACUCACAAAGAAUGGAGGUGAUUUUAUUUGACUGAUUGAGUUCGUUGAGAGACUCUGAUGAAGGAAAACAUGUUUUUUCAGAUAAACCUUCAGCUCAUCUUUGAGUUGGUUCAUCUGAUCUGUUCUAUUCUUUCUCCUGGUGGUGUUCUCUUUAACCUCAGCUGGCCCACAGUCACCGCUUGAGCAUCUGAAACUCUUUCCCGAUGCGCAUGAGCGAACGGCAGCCGUUAAUGAGUUUGCUGAUGCAGUAAAGUGAUUCUUUGUGACUGUGAAAGUGUCUCAUUUUGUCAAGUGUCAACACUCUUAUUUUCUGCCCAUCACAUCAGCUGUGAGUCAGCUCUGUGUGCGGAUGAGCUCACUUACUAGAGCAGGUGAUGUUAUGAUGUUAAGUUUAGAAUGCGGUAGAACUGGACACAAACAUGCGUCUGUGGGCGAAACAGGUAAGUUCUGUCUGAGGGGUAUCAGGUGCUUAUAGACAGAGGAUCAUGGUAUAUGUUUCCAAUCUGAAGGCCGAUCUGCAUGUAACUGAAGAGUGCUCGCUACAGAUGUCUCUUUAAAUUUCUCAAAGUGCUCAAAAAUACAAAAGUAAAUGUCAUUGCUAAAUCUGCAGUUUUUGCUCUUAACUUUUUUGUUUUGUGUUAGUUUGUGAUUUAAAAACAAAUUGUGAAGAGAUUAAUUUCUUAAUAUUUUCGUUCACUUAGUUUUCUGAUUAAACAUCUCUGCCAAAGGUGUUUCUGUGAGUUUUGAGCCUGAACAAUAAUGCUUAAUGUGACUUAUUCUGUUCCUAAAAAAACUAAAACUCUUAAUGUAUCCGCUACCUGGAAAAACACCCAACUGUGCCUGUUUUCAGUCGAAAUCAAAAGUGCAGGUGUGCAAAUAAACUGCUUUGUUCAAAUCA